CUAGGACCUGGCAGAAACCCCUUCACUGGUUUCUCAGGGAAGAAAAUCUUAGAGUAACAGCUGGGGUUUCGCCAACAUAUAGCUUUACAAAGUCAGGGUCCGUAACAUUUUUGAAAUUAUAUUUCCAGGUUCAGAAAUAGUAUAAGGCUAAAUCAAAAUCACAAAAGAAAAAAUACUAUGCCAUUUUACAGAUUUUGGUACUUUAAAUACAACAUGAAUGCUACUUGCACCAGGCAAACAUAUUGACCACACAUGAUUUACCAGGAAAGAUUGCCAGCGUACUUUCAGUAGCACUUGUUAGAAAGCGUACAUCAGCAUUUACCCACUAAGCCUAUUCUAAGCACAGUUAUUUCCAGCCCGGGAAAAAAUACAUGCCGGUGAAAGAAAGUCAUUCCAGUGCAUAGGACCAACGCACUGAAAAUGCUCGGUCAACUAUAACAUAUCACAGAGUUGGACCAAAGGUAUUAACAUGACAUUGUGUGGCAGGAUACUUUAAUUUUCUGUAUAAAUAUAGAUCAAACAUUUCAAUUUUAUUUACAGGAUUCUGACAGUAAAUUAAUACCAAGGGAAAACUAUGUAUAGAUUGAGAAUGGUUAAAUUAAAGGUUACUGUUACCCAGUAAAUAAAACUAGUCGGCCAACAAGAUUGUAAACAGGAAAGGGGAAGUUCAGCGGUUUUUGAGGCAAAAAAGAGAGAGAUCGCAAUGAGUUAAGAUCACAAAAACUUGCAUGGGGCUAAGACGAAUCACGCGAGUUGGGAGAAGUACCCAGUUAGCGGGGCUCUGCGUGCCGUCACACAAAGUGUGGUUAACAAAAUGACCAAAUUCGGCGAUCUGUUUCCGUGUGGCUUCUGUUGAUAAGUUGCUCGGCUGCUGAGCACGGAGUGUCGCUUUGCCCGGCGUGUACCACUGCAUAGCAUGCAUGUAGCCGACUCCCGAAGUCCAGGUCCUUAGAAGUGUCGCGGCUGUAUCGCGGAUCUCCUGUUUGCUGAUAGCUGCCCCGGGUUAACGCGCGGUGUUGCGGCGGUAUCAUGCGACGACAUGGCCCUUGACAGAACGACCAGUCCCGGGAUAAAGAAGAAGGGGGACAGCAAGGUGGCCAUGUCGACACGCAGCCAUACGACUGCGGGGUCACCGCUGAAUUGCGAAGUGUCGCUUUCUUUUCAGGACGAGCUGGCAGCGACCAUACACGGCGCCUUCGAAGUGGCCGUAGAGAUAGCCGUUUUGGAGAUCACCAAGCUGGUCGGCCAGGCGCUCGGGGACGUGCGCGAUCAGAUGCACGAAACCCUGCGGGAGAACAAGACGCUGAAGAUGCGCUUGCAGACGGCCGAGCAGCAACUGGACGCCUUGCGGUGCAGUUUGGGGGAUGAGAGUAAAGCGCGGCUGGUGACGGCCACUCAAGCGCAGAAGCCCCACAUCUCCAGCAAAGCGAAGGCAGCCAAGUCCGGCAGGCUGACUGCAGACAAAAUAAAAGUUGCAACCUCGAAGGCUGCUGCCGACUCGAUGGACGAGGCGCUACGGGAACCGUACAGCCUGGUGGCUGCAGACACCGAGUCUUUCAGUGAGAUCCGUGAGGAUGGGCGGGUAUGCGCUCACCUUCUGGACCAGGAGUUACGAGACCCAGUAGCGAAUCAGGUCCUGGGCGAUCUCUCAGCUACCAAGGGGAAUAGUUUAAGCGAGGAGCCUGCAGACCACGUGGUGGCAGUGAAGCUGGACGGGGAGAACACGGACGAUGCGGCCAGACUGAACUCCUCAUCCUCUUCCUCGUCUCUCUUUGUUGCCAUGGAUACUUGUGAAAUCAAGCAGGUCAAGGUGAAGGAAGAGAAGUCAGAUCCGGGCAAUGCCCCUGAGUUCGAGUCUGGCUCCGACGAAGUGGCAGGGGAUAAGUUUGAACCCGACACCCUCUCCCUGGUGCAGUCCAGGCUGCUGGAGGAUUGGAGGCCUGAGCCCCUGGAGCUGGACCCGGGCUGUGCAGCGGAGCGCUUUGCUCCCUGCACCAGCCACUCCCUGGGUGAACCUCCUGUCUCAAACCCAGAGCCUGCAGCCCCAGACAGCUUUUUCCCCCCUCCCUUCUCGAACCCCUACCAGCCCGCGGAUGCAGCGGCGGUGCCCGUCCCCCAGGAGCAUUACGGCAUGCAGGUGGGCAGUGCUCACCAGGCUCACGUCUGCAGGAUUUGUGGGGAAGCAUUCCACCUGCCAGGGGAGCUGCGGCGGCACCACAGCCAGCGGCAUAGCAAGGCGACGGCCAGGAGGGGGCGCCGGCAGGCCUUUCCGCCAGGCCGCAGCCCCUACCGCUGCUCCCAGUGCGGCCGUGACUUCAACCGCAUGGAGAACCUGAAGACCCACCUGCGCAUCCACACUGGCGAGCGGCCCUACGCUUGCACUGUGUGCGGUGUGCGAUUUCGCCACUCAGGGGCGCUCACGAGGCACUUCCGCAUCCAUACCGGCGAGAAGCCCUACGUUUGUAGUCAGUGCGGGAAGACCUUCCGCAACUGUGGGGGGCUCCGCUUCCACCAGCGCUCGCACACGCGGGAGGGACUUGGCUCAGUCAACUGAGGGGGUGGGCAC